AUAUUCCUUUUUUAAACGACUUCCUGAAGCUAGGCAGCCGUUACUAUCAAUUUUGUCUGAAACCAUUCUGAAAUAAUCUACAUGAGAUGCCCCAUCGCGCACCGCGACGGUUUAUGAAGACCGCACCGGGCGCUUGUGACUGGGAACAGUGUCUGCUGAUGGGCUCCGGCGAGCCGACGCGAGCUCGCGCGGUGGUCUCAUCAUCACACAAGCAACGCAAACCACGACAGGAAAUAUCUGCAUGCCUCAAAUGGCUCGUCUUCCUACUCAACUCAAUUGUCUUCCUUGUCGGAGUUGGAAUCCUAGCACUCGGAGUAUACCUAUUUAUCAAAGAUUUUCGAGAGGUUAAGCUGGUGGAUAUCAUUCUAAACCCAGCCAUUCUUAUUAGUAUAUUCGGUUUUUCAAUAUGCGUUGUAUCAUUUUUCGGUUUCAUGGGUGCCUUGCGCGACAAUAUUUUCUUGCUCAAAUGUUUUGCCGCUUGUGUCUUCUUAUCUUACAUUCUAGUCGUGGCAGUGACACUAGUCUUUUUCACAUUGUUCUACACGGACACCACAGAGGGUCUUUCUGCAAACUGGUUACUUCUUUAUGCCGUCAAAAACUACCACACCAAUCGAAACCUGGCUGAAAUCAUGGACGCACUUCAAGAAAAUCUGGAAUGUUGUGGAGUUUCAUCUAUUGCUCAAGGAUAUCGAGACUGGAACAUGAGCUACCAGUUCAACUGUACCAAUUCAAAUCCUCAACCAGAAAAGUGUGGAGUUCCAUUUUCAUGCUGUAGGAAGUCUGUUAUCUCUGAAGCGGCUGGAUCAUCAAAUCCACUGUUACCUGCAAUGAGAUCUUUAGAGUGCUGGCAAAAUGCUCUAACAAAACGACCCGGCGACCUGGAACACGAUAUUUACACCCGCGGAUGCCUUCAGCCGCUUCGGACACUUUUCGAGUCCCACGCAGUGCAUGUUGGAGCAUUCGUUGCUCUUCUCAUUGUUCCAGUGUGUAUCUCGGUGUGUCUCACCAACAUCCUUGCAAAACAAGUCGACCAUCAGAGGUACCUGUUGGAGCGGGAAGCACGGCGAAACGAUCGACGGCGAAAGCGAGAUCAUAACCGUAGAGAUCAACUGAACUCGUUGGAUCUACUUGAAGAAGGAAAAUUCAACAACGCUUCUGCUAAUGCCACAAGGCCGAGACCACCGGAUAUUCCGCCUCCGCUACCACCAAUUGAGCAUGUGCCGAGGAAAAAGUCACGAAACGCGAGUAGCUCUCCAACUCGAAAGCCCAAAUCUGCUGGGGUUGAAAACGCGGCAGCUCGUCGAAAAAGGACUGCGACAACGACUCGAACACCUCCUGCCGCGGCAGGACCCGCGCCAACGCCACAGGCAACCACGACAAAUCGAACGCAUCAAUGGGUACUGCAGCAAACCGAUUUGGUUCCUCAAAAAAGCAAAUCAUAAAUGUUAUAGUAAAUGAUAUUCAAAUUUAACAACUGUUUCAGUUUCAUACAUACCAAAUCUUUCUGUCUCGAACGCGGUGAUAUAACUUAUUUUAGCCUCCCAUUUCUUUCUGCCCCCAACUCAACCUCCCCCCCACCCCAUCUCUCUUUCCAAAAAUUCAUCUCCUAUCUACCUAGACCGAUUUUUAAAUUUGCCAUACACAAUCUGGUGCUCCAUAGAAAUUUGUACCACUUUCUUCUUUCCGCUCAACAGAGUUGGCCAUGAGCAACAACUUACUUUCAAACAUCGUCUUUUCUUGUUUCAUACUUGGGUCGCCAAACAAGUUGCCUAUUCAUUGUCCGGAAUUCUAGCCAUCGCUUUACACUUUUUAGCUUGUUUUUUUUCUAAAUUGAUUCCUCGAUGUUGUAAAUAAAGAAUUUCAAACAUUC